CCAUCUAGUGGGGUCAGAAAAUAGUGCACAGGGAAGAGCAGAGAAGAAUGGCCAGACUGGUUCAAGCUGGUCCAAAGGCAUCAGAACUCAAAUAACCACCUGUUACAACGAGCUUGUACACCUGUACAAGAGCAUCUCUGAAAACACAACACAAAAUGUAGAUGGACUAAAGCAGAAGUGGACCACACUGGGUGUCACUCCUGUCAUAUAAGGACAGGAAACUGGAAAUUGGACAAUGGGACAAUGGAAAACGUUAUUGGACAGAUGAGUCUCGAUUUCUGCUGCAACAUUCAGGUGGUAGGGUAACAUUUGACGAAGCAAAUAUUUCUGGUUAAUACACAGGUGUAGAAAUAUCUGAACGCGCUAUUGCUUUUGAAACCAAAAAUCGAUUGAAAAUCGAUUUCACACUAAUUGUUUAAUUUCGGUUUAAUUUUUAAUAACUAUACUUAUAUUUAUGACGUUAUUUACAACAAAGUAAAUGGGACCCGGCGCGGCGUUUCCAUGGUAACGCCAACAAACACGGUUAGUUAGCAAGCAGCAAACAUGUCUGAAAUGUCGGCAAUGAACAGGAAAAUCAUUCAAAAUCUUGCAGAAACUCUUUCCCGACAAGUCAAACACUUUAACAGGACAGAAGCGGAGUGUCUAAUCAGACUGUUCAAUGGACGGUUUGGGGAGCAGAAUGACCGAAAAACAGGACACAGCCUGGAUCGAGGAAAAUUCAGAAAUAUAUUACACAACACAUUUGGGAUGACGGAUGACAUGAUCAUGGAUAGAGUUUUCCGGGCAUUUGACAAGGAUAACGACAGUUAUAUCAACGUGAAGGAAUGGAUAGAAGGCUUGGCUGUGUUCCUGCGUGGGACCCUGGAUGAAAAAAUAAAAUACAGCUUCAAUGUCUAUGACUUGAACGGAGAUGGAUACAUAUCCCGCGAGGAGAUGUUUCACAUGCUGAAAGACAGCCUGAUCCGGCAGCCGACGGAGGAAGACCCAGACGAAGGAGUCAAAGAUCUGGUGGAAAUUGCCCUCAAGAAAAUGGAUCAUGACCACGAUGGGAGACUGUCUUACACUGACUUUGAGACAGCGGUGCGAGAAGAAAACCUCUUACUUGAAGCAUUUGGACCGUGUCUUCCGGACUCAAAGAGAAUCCAUGCAUUUGAACAGCAAGCGUUCCAGAAUCCUCCGGAACGCUGACUGCAGCAAGUGUUGUUCCCCAAGCUACAUUUUUUACUAAUGGCAUAUACGCAAUCCACAUGUUCAGUUGGACACUUUACUCUGGUGCGGCCAAUCCAUCUAUUAAAUUCUCCUUCUUGGUU